AUGACAAUGAGUGGAGUAGCUGAGAGCAGUACGACAGCCACGAUGAGGACCAAAGACGGCGUUCCCACAUGGAGCGGUGAAGCAGCGAGCUUCACCCAGUACGAGGAGACGGCCUUGUUGUGGGAGCAAAGCUUGACGUGGGAGAAGAGAUAUACUGCGGGGCCCAAGUUGGUCCAGGAGCUGACAGGCGCAGCAAAGCGCUACGUGGCAGGCCAACCGGCAGGUUGGGUGGCCUUCAGGGGCGGCGUGGUGCAGCUCAUGGACCACCUGAGGAAGGCCCUGGGAAAACCCCGCGUCAACGAGGUCACGGACUUGUUGGCUACGUACUUCAAGGGCACCCGGCGCCGCAGUGGCGAAAGUAUGAAUGAGUACAUCACGAGGAAGACCGAGGCCUACAUGAGGGCUGGACAAGCCCUCCGAAAGGUGCAGCCCCACUACGAAGCUCGCCCGACGACUACCUCAGCGAGCAGUCCAUGGACAACGCGGCGGCCCAGCCUGGACUAUGGGACAGGCCAAUGGGGUAGGCAGUGGACGCCUGCCUCUGAGCUGGAAAGUUCUCAGAACCCCGACGACAAUGACACCGCCGGUGGUUCGACCCGUCCCUCAGACGGGGCUGACGAACCCGAGGAUCCAUGGGCAAGCUACGCCCAGACUGCGUGGAACCCAGGCUACCACUGGGGAUGGUCUGCAGGAUGGCGAGGACAAGGACAGUGGGAUUGGUAUGCCUCCCGAUGGAGCUCUUCGUCACAGACUUCAGAGGACCCACCUAAGGUCGCGGAGCUCCUGCCGACGUUCAUCCAAGGUUGGUACCUCUUGAUGGACGCGGGCCUCGACCAUGGAGAAAGGAACUUGAUCAUUACGGCCCUCAAUGGGAAUUUCGACCCCUUGAGGGUCGGCCAGGAGUUACGGAACCAGUUUCCAGAAGGAGAAGUACGUCGACGCGACCAAGGUCGACGUCACCAAAGCUACAUGGGCGAGCUCGCGGACGAGAUGGACGAGGACUUCGAGACGGAGGGGAACUCCACCACCGACUUGGAGGCCGAGGGCAUGAAUGAUGAGGGCAUUGCUUUGGUAGUGGAUGCCGAACAGGAAGCGCAGAGCGCCUUAGCGGCGCUACACGAAGCGAAGAGGACCCUCAAAGAUGCACGCUUCCGCCAGAAGAUGGUCAAGCAAAACCGCAAGUACUACCAGGGCAACUCCCGUGGUUACAAACCCUCCUAUGCCCCAGGCAACCGAGUUCGCGACGACAGCCAAAUCGAAUGCCUUGGUUGCGGCCAGCAAGGCCACAGAGUGGCCAACUGCCCGAAUAAGAACACCGCGGCCAUGGCAACAUCCUCGGCGGACACAGAUCAGCAAGCUCCCUUCGUGUGUUUCUCAGGCCCCGACGACUCGGAGAACUUCGCGGGCUUCGCGCACCAGGACAACCAGGACCUCACGGGCUUCGCACACCAGGACAACCAGGACAUCAUGGCAGAG